AUGGCCAAGAUUCUGCUGGAAAACUAUUGCUUCCCAGAGAACCUGGCUGGGAUGCAGGAGGCCAUCCAACAAGCAAUCAACAGCGGAGAAAUCCUGCGGAUUUCUGAUAGGAAGACCCUUGCAGCUGUACUCACCGUCGGAGUACAAGGGGCACUGAACGACCCACGGCUGACUGUGUCUUACGAACCCAAUUUCGUCCCAGUGAUCCUGCCCUCUCUCCCCAGAGAACAGCUGAUCCGGCUGGUGAGGAACUCUGUCAAGGUGGAUAUCUUGGAAAACAACAUUGGCUAUUUGCGGAUAGAUCGGAUCAUUGGGGAGGAGACAGUAACGAAGCUUGGUUCCCUGCUGAAGGAUAACAUCUGGGACAAAGUUGCUCGCACAUCCUCUCUGAUUUUUGAUUUGAGGUAUAGCACAGCUGGACAGCUGUCUGGAGUUCCCUUUAUAAUCUCCUAUUUCUCCGACCCUGAGCCCAUCUUUCAUAUAGACACUGUGUAUGAUAGGCCCUCAAAUACCACCAGGGAGCUGUGGACCAUGCCAUCAAUUAAGGGAGAGAGGUAUGGAAAGAAGAAAGACGUGAUUAUUUUGACUAGCAAACGUACCAUGGGGGCUGCUGAGGCAGUGGCAUACACAUUAAAAAACCUAAAGAGGGCUAUAAUCGUUGGAGAGCGAUCGGCUGGUGGGUCAGUGAAAGUCAGAAAGAUAAGGAUUGGAGGAUCUGAGUUCUACAUAACAGUUCCUGUGGCAAGAUCUGUCAGUCCAAUCACAGGCCAGAGCUGGGAGGUCAGUGGCAUUCCCCCAACAGUCAACGUCGUGUCAAAGGAAGCUGUCCCAAAAGCAAAGUCCCUUCUGGCUGUGAGGAGUGCCAUUCCACAGGUUGUUCAGAGCAUCUCCAACAAAAUCAGGAGGUGGUAUGCUUUCACUGACCGAGUCCCACCUCUUCUUCAACAACUGCAAACUAUGGACUUGUUCUCUGUCAUAUCCGAGGAAGAUCUGGCAAUCAGGCUCAACCAAGACCUCCAGACUGUGUCAGACGAUCCACGACUGAUCAUCAAAUACAUGCAAGACAAUGCUGCCAUUGAAGAGGAGGACCCUGAGCUUUACAAAGUCCCUGAUGAUUCAAAAUUAUUGAGAACAAUGAUUGAAACAACGUUUAAAAUUGAAAUUCUCCAGGGCAACACUGGUUAUCUCCGCUUUGACAAGUUUGUUGAGUUUUCUCCACUGAUUAAAUUAGAGGAGGUAUUCGCUAAAACGGUGUGGGAGCCCUUAAAAGACACCAGUAACCUGAUUAUUGACCUUCGCUAUAAUACUGGUGGAUACUCUGCCUCUCUAGCUCUUAUUCUGUCAUAUCUGUAUGACACUUCUCAUAAGCAUCACUUUUUCACAAUAUAUGACCGCAUUCAGAACACAACAACAGCACAUGACUCCUACCCACAAAUUACAGGCCCGAGCUAUGGAUCCAAACGUGGGGUUUAUGUGUUGACCAGCUACUACACAGCAAGUGUUGGUGAAGAGUUUGCUUACCUAAUACAAUCCCUACAUCGUGGCACAGUCAUUGGGGAAAUUACAUCUGGUAACCUUAUGCACUCAAGGAUGUUUCAAAUCGAAGGGACAGGUCUUGCCAUCACUGUCCCCGUCAUUAACUUUAUUGACAACAAUGGCGAAUGCUGGCUGGGAGGUGGUUUGGUCCCUGAUGCCAUCGUGCUGGCUGAGGAAGCUGUAGAUCACUUUCAUGAGAUCGCAGAUUUUCACAAGGGCCUCAGGUCCUUAAUGGAGGUAAUUGGGGAACUGCUAGAAAAACACUAUGCCAUUCAUGAGGUCGCCCUACAGGUCAGUAAGGUGCUGCUGAGCAAAUGGGCUGAGGGACAUUACUGGAUCCCCACAGCGGAGGAAGUGGGAUACAUAAUUGAUGCUUUGUUUAAAACUGAGCUUCUGCCAGAACCUCUGCGGCAUCUUUACACCAUCUUCGAUCGCACCACGACCACAAUGACAGAGGUCAUGACAUUGCCUCAUGUCAGGGGUCAAAGGUAUGGAUCCUCCAAGGAUGUCUACAUCCUCACCAGUCAUAUGACUGGGUCCGCAGCUGAAGUGUUCACCCGCACAAUGAAGGACCUAAACAGGGCCACAAUUAUUGGAGAGCCAACCAUUGGAGGGUCUCUAUCGAGUGGAACCUAUCAGAUAGGGGACAGCACCCUGUACGCUUCCACCCCGAACCAGGCUGUUUUGACCACCACUUAA